CAGCAGGCUACCAGGAAGAAUAAACACCAAAAUGGCUGAACCACCCACUGGAUAGGCUGCACAUGAAAAUUUACUAGAAAAGGAAAUGUAGUUGAUGUAACCAACGUGUGAGAAUCAAGGAAUGGCUACUGCCACCACCCGGGCACAGCAGCUCAUCACCUGUGACCUAAACUGUGUCAAGCCCGUCCAGCAAUUCUGUAACAGCUGCCAAGUCGGUCUGUGUGCAGACUGCAUCAACAAACAUGUCAACAGCCUAAAGUCGAUGAAGCAUGACAUCGUUCCCUUCACAAAACGCACAGUCCAGCUGGUGUUCCCUCAGUGUACGUCUCAUUCCCACCAGAGGUGUGAGGCCCACUGUCAACAGUGUGAUGUCCCGGUCUGCAUUAAAUGUGUCACAGGUCCACAUAAAGGUCAUGAUGUUGUGGACAUGUCAGACAUCAUUGCCAGAAAGAGAGAAAACAUUAAAAGAGAAACAGAAGAAAUUGAAAGCAAUAUCAUUCCUAAGAACAAGUCAUGUGAUGCAGAUGUUGAAAAGAAAAUUUCCAAAACCAAGGUCCACUACUCUGAUUUAGAAAAAGAAGCUAAGGAUAAAAGAAAAAAAUGGCACUUAGAAGUAGAUGACAUCUUUGACAAACUUGAAUCACUGAUCCAAUCACUCGGAGAUCAAGAAAUUAUGAUUCUGAAGUCAUGCCAGUCCCAACUCAGAAGUCAAAAUUCCAAUAUGGCCCAAACUGUUCAAGAAAACAAAGAAAUUAUGAAGUCCAACAAAGUGUGUGAUGUCAACAAUUACAAAUCCAAACUGACCGAAUUCAGAGCAAUUCCACAAAUAUCUGAUGUAAUGUCUCCCUCUCUCAAAACAAACACAGUCCAAGGGAGAGAACUCAGUCUAGAAUUAGGAGAAUACAGGGCCACACUGACACAGACAACACUAUCAUUGCCCAGUCUGACAGAUGAAGUCCUCUAUUUAUCUGUUAAGGAGUUAUUAAAAGAAGCCAAAGUGAUUGCAAACAUUCCAACAAAUGUUAAAGAAUUAUUCAAUGUAGCCUGUGUUGGAUCAGAUAGAGCUUGGAUUAAUGGAACAGACAAAAUGAUACACAGUGUGGACAUAUAUGGAACUGUACAAGACACUGUCACCAGUACAUGUAAAGACUUCCCUACUGACAUUACAGUGAACACACAGGGAGAACUGAUUUACAGUGAUGCUGCUCAUAGAACUGUGAACAUUGUCAGACACGGGAAGACAGAGACACUGAUCACCACACCACAGGGCUGGCAUCCAUCAGGACUGUGCUGUACCAGAACAGGGGACAUCCUAGUCAGUAUGUUUACUACCGAUUAUAGUCAUUACAAAAUUAUCCGUUAUCAGGGACAGAGAGUGACACAGGAAAUAGAUAAAGAUGAACACGGCAAUCCAAUCUAUCAAGGAGGGAAGUAUAUAGUGUGUGUGACAGAGAACAACAACGGGGACAUUGUGGCUGCUGAUCUUAAUGCUGCGACAGUGGUAGUGGUGGACAGGAGAGGGAAAGUCCGAUUCCGAUACAACGACAAACCACCGAGGGGAAAGGAAUCAUUCAGUCCAAGACAGAUAGUGACCGACUCCAUGGGUCAUAUCAUUGUGACAGAUCGUAACAAUGCCUAUCUACACAUUCUAGAUCAGAAUGGACAAUUCAUUAAAUGUGUGGACAAUUGUGGAUUAAAUAAUCAGUCUGUUGGACUGAGUAGGGACAGUGAGGGGAGGUUGUGGGUAGGGUUGUAUGAUUCAGGAGAAAUGAAAGUGAUCCAGUACAUGAAAUAAACAUCGAGAGAAUCAUGUAUACUGAUGUGUCGGUGUACUGUGAUGCGUGGAUUUCUUAAUAUUUUAAACUACAGCUUUACUUUACCCAUAUUGAAGUCAUGGGAACCCUACGAAAAACAUCAAAAUGUCUAUAACAACCGCACUAAUCAUAAACAAGUGAUUAAUUUAUUGGAUUAAUUAGUGCAGACAUCUAGUCUGUAGUACUGGGUAUUACCAUACAAGCUUAUCUACAGAGAAAGAGUCCAAGGAAGAAUUUAAUAAAAAUAAUACACUUUCAUAAAGCUGUACUCAAGCACCAGGCCCCAGGAUUACGAACAUCUAAGUCAACUCAACAGUUGUUUCUGACUCAAAUCUGAGAAUUUUUCUCAAAUUGCAGAGUUGAACUCAAUAAAGUGUGUCAUGAAAAUUAAGUUUUACUCAAGUUUAGUAAAUGCUCGAGUUCUUCUAAAAAAAACUUGAGUUUGCUAAAUACCGUUCUCAGAUGUAAACUUGAGACCUAAAUGACUGUCAUGAGACUUGUUUGGUUGAAUUUGAUGUGAAUUUCUGGACAUACUACUGGAGACAGGAGCAUUAAUUCCGAGGAUAAGAUUUCCCAGUGUUACCACAUUUGUAUAUAUUUUUUUAUAUGGGACGUGAUAACCAAUGCUUUGAUUUAUUUAACACCCAAAAAAAAUUAAUAUACAGUGGAGCCUCGGUAAUCCGGACGCCAUUAAUCCGGACGCUUCACCUUUCGGACGAUUUUUCUAGGGAACGGAAUUUUUAAACAUUAUUUUGCAUCAUUAAUCCGGAAAUUCGCGUUCCGGAUCCGGACGGUCACUUUUUACUACAAAACGUUAUAAUGCAUUGAAAAUUGUACCGUUAAUCCGGACGGUAAUUUUGUUUAGGGAAGGUCUGUGUCAGACAAUUUUAGCAUGGCGUAAAUUAUAAAGAAAACAAGCCAAACUGUCUAAUUGAAGUGAUUACCUGUACCCUGUCAACACCUCCCUCCAAUUAGGUGAUGUGUGAUGAUAAGUCCGUUAGAUAGCACGUGCCGAUCGAGACAUUGUAUUGCCAAUUUUCGCACAUAAGAUCUUUAUUGCGUGUAGUGUUGAAUUUUGUAAAUAAAUCUGUAGCAUAUUAUUUUAUAGUCUUGAUCAAUACCCUAAUAGUAUUAAUAAAUUAAACAUCAUGCCGUAAUAAUAAUUUUUUUUAACUGCUACACAUAUCAGUUGUACUGAUUCGCAAAUUGAUAUCGGCUUAUUCAAAUCUAAAGAGUGUAGAUUAUACUUCUAGAUUCUGGAUUUUAUACUGUUGAUUGGCUUGAAAUAUGCAUGUAUGUUCAUGUAUAUGUAGUAUAAGGUUUUAACGUUUAGAAUGUCACGCAUGUAGAAUGUACUUGUGUACGAUUGAUUCUUGUGACGAUGUUGUAGAGCUUUAUUGCUUUGAAUUUUUAAACUCUGGGUAGAAGUGAUAAAAAUUACCAUUUUAAGGACAAUGACAAUUAAAUUCUGUAUGUACCUGUAAUGUUAGUUUCACCCGAGUUUUGUUCCGUUCUUAUUGCAUCAUGAAAAUAAUAGGUGCGCGUGACUAGAUCAACGUAGGUCUUGAUAUUAUGAGCUUAAAUGAUUUUGUUCUCCCAAUAUUGUCUUGGAUAAUUAUAGAAUAAGAAAUAUAAACUCUGGCAGAUUGAAUUUUGGUUAAAGAAUGUUGUCAACUGACAUGAUAAUCAUGAAAUUCUAAUAUAUCAACUUUGGACGAUGAAGAUUGUUUUAACAGACCGUCGAACCCGUGAAUCGUGAUAGAUGCAUGGAAAUUACCGGCCUCUUUAAGGAGUAAAAGUGUGAUGAAAUGUUUGAAGUGUAAAUGAUUAUGUUAGUUACGAAUGAUUUAUUUACUUAUAGUUACAUAAAGUGCUUCAUUAUUUGUUUUAGUGCAUACGGUACACAGUUUUGUAUAUUUAUUUGUAGGGAUCAUAUGUAUGUACAAUGUAAGCACAGGCAAAUACACUAAACACGUACAUCAAAUUUUAGUGCUUUGAAAUACAUGUAAAUGUUAACAUUAUCAUAAAUUAUUUACUAAUGCAAAUGGUCAAAUCCAAUGAUAGAAUUUGUUUAAUUCAAUAUGCAUCAAUAAAGUAGGCACAUAUUGGUUAUGUAAAGAUAGAAAAUAUGCGAUUCAAUUAUCCGGACGCUUCAUUUAUCCGGACGAUUUUGCUGGGAACCAAAGUGUCCGGAUUAACGAGGCUCCACUGUAGAACUAAUUUUUUGAAACCAUCAUGCAGUAUUGUGUUUCUAAUUUCACUUCACAAGAACCGCUAACAAGUAUCACACAGGCACAUAUUACCUGAAUAUACACGCAUCAGUGUCCUUCGAAUUUCUUUUAUCAAAAACUUUCUGGGUUUUUUUUAAAUUUUUUUCAGUGAUUGUUCAGUGGUGUAAAGGAUCUGACAGGGUUAAGAAGGUGUAUCCCUUUUGUUUGAAAUAUCAUAAUCAUAAGUAAUAAAAGGUUACAUGGUAGGGUAAAAAAGGUUAUUUGAAUGUGCAUCCCCCCUUUCUUUUAAUUCUUUUUUCUGGAUGCUCUUAAAUUUUGAGUACCACUUGAAAAUUUCGUUCUGGAUGUUGAAAAUUGAAAGUUAAAAUAUUUCGUUUCAAAUCUAAAAAUCUGCAACAGGAAUUGUAGAAAUAGGGAUUUUGAAUAUAAGAAAAGGGGGAGGGAGUAAAAAUUAAAAUCAGUGCCUAAUUGACCCUUUUUGGUACAGGGACUGGUACCAUUUCAAUUGGGAAUUUUACAUUGAAAAACUGCUCUUUUGGGAAAAUACUAAGACAAAAAAUAAUGCAUUGUAGGUAGAAAAACAAUAUGCAGUCAUUCAUUUAUCAUGAUUAUUGUAGGUAGAAAAACAAUAUGCAGUCAUUCAUUUAUCAUGAUUAUUGUAGGUAGAAAAACAAUACGUAGUCAUUCAUUCAUCAUGAUUAUUGUAGGUAGAAAAACAAUACACAGUCAUUCAUUUAUCGUGAUUAGAGGUACAUAUGCUUCAAUUUUUAAUUUGGAUAUAAAUAAAAGUUAACGGUGUUCUGUAAAUAAAAUGGGGGUUUGGCGCAUCUCAA